AUGCUCCCCAGCUACCAGCAGCAACCGCACAAGCCGUCCAGGAAGCCCAAGCUCCAGCAGUACUCCAAGCAGCCUUCCUCACCGAACCAGAUACCCGGCCCCUGGCGUCCGGUCAAGAGGCCCCUCAAUGGCAUCAAGCCAGGACAGCACGUAAUCAAGCCCAUCUUCCAGCACCACGACGAUCUCCCCGACCAUCGCCCGAUGAAGGUCAAAUACAUUCCUCUUGCCCCGACCUUCCACUACGUGCCCGGCGGAAUGGCGAUCAUGAUGCCACAAGCAGAGCCCUCCAAGAUACCUAAGGAAGCCUACGAUAACAAGAAUGGUCCUGUCCUGUUCCCAGAGACUCCUGAUGACAGCACUCCAGCAACAGAACGAGACGGUACUCCUAUCAAACCGACAUCGAAUCCGGGGCGUAUCGGUGGUUAUGCCUCAAUUCCCUUUGAUUACCUGAGGUACCUGAAAACCCCCAAUUUAUCAGUGAACUCUCUGAAUGUGUAUCCACAAUAUUUUUAGAAUAAUCAGGUUAAUCGAAAGAGCAUAUUUAUCCUUUGAUUUGUGCAAAGGUGCCAAAAUCAUUGAUAUAAACACUUUUGAGUGGUAAAAGGAAAAUUUCCUACUAAAGAAAAUUACUUUAAAAAAUGAAUACUACUCAAGUAAUUUAAAUUUGACAAAAUAAUUUAAGGAACAACCCUAGAAUGGUGCUCUAUGGUUUAAAUCACUUGUCUAUACUUACUUCACCAGCUUCCUCAAAACGGUCUUCAUAAACAUAGUUGAUUUUGAAUUUUUAUCU